GCGUGCCUGAGACCUGCAUCCUCCCCGUCCCACUGUGUCUCCUCCCAGCUGUGGGCUCACAAGGAGUGGCAGCUGGUGGGAUAUAUAAAGGCAGGGGAACCUCAGCCAGCUCAAGAGAAACUCCUGGAGCUACUGGUGUUCUCCUUCCCUCCCUCCCUUCACGUGAUUCAGCUUCCCUCCACCAGGAAAGCCAAGGACAGCACGCUGUAUGAGAUGGCCGCCAGCAGCCUCCUCCUGCUCCUCCUGCCCUGGCUGGUCACAGCCUUGCACAGCCCUCCCGGCUGCAAGAUCCGGAUCACCUCCAAGGGCUUGGACUUGGUAAAGCAGGAGGGACUGCGCUUUGUGGAGCAGGAGCUGGAGAACAUCACUGUGACGGACCUCCAUGGGAAGGAGGGGCAGUUCCACUACAACAUCAGCCAGGUCAAGGUGUUGGACCUGCAGCUGCCGUUUUCCGACCUGCACUUCCAGCCUCAGCAACACCUUGUCUUCAACAUCAACAAUGCCUCCAUCAGUCUGCGCUUCCGGCGACAGCUGCUCUACUGGUUCUUCUAUGAUAUUGGUUCCAUCAACGCCUCUGCCGAUGGUGUUCACAUCUACACGAUGCUGCAGCUGUCCAAGGAUGAGGCUGGGCGCCUCAAGAUCUCUAACAUGACCUGCAAUGCCUCCAUCGCCAGAAUGCACGCCGGCUUCUCAGGCACACUCAGGAAGGUUUAUGAGUUCCUGAGCACUUUCAUCAUCACAGGGAUGCGCUACCUCCUCAGCCAGCAGAUCUGCCCAGCCCUGAACCACGCCAGCCUGGUGCUGCUGAACUCUGUGCUGGACACAGUGCCAGUAAGGAACUACGUGGAUGAGCACAUUGGGAUUGACUACUCCCUCCUGCGGGAUCCUGUGGUCUCCACAGACACCCUUGACCUAGACUUCAAGGGCAUGUUCUUUUACCGCGGGAAAGAGAGCCAGGAGCUGGAGAACCACGCGGUGGAGCCGGUGAUCAAGGAGACAGAACGCAUGGUCUACGUUGCCUUCUCCGAGUACUUCUUCGACUCGGCCAUGCACUCGUACUUCCAGGCGGGGGUGCUGGCCAUAGAGCUCGAGGGGGAGAAGGUGCCCAAAGACCUGGAGGUUUUGCUGAGAGCCACAUUCUUUGGGACCAUCUUCAUGCUGCAGAGCCCUGCUGUGGUGGAUGCUCCCCUGCGACUGGUGCUUCAGGUGUCAGCUCCCCCCCGCUGUGUGAUCAAACCCUCCGGCACCUCUGUCUCCGUCUCGGCCUUCCUCAACAUCUCACUGGUGCCCCUGGGCCAGCCUGUCGUCCAGCUCUCCAGCAUGGCCAUGGAAACAAAGCUGAGCGCCAAGGUGUUUCUGCAAGGGAAGGCUCUGCGCGUGCUGCUGGACCUGAGACGGUUCCGCAUCUACUCCAAGCAGUCUGCGCUGGAGUCGCUAGCGCUGUUCUCACUGCAGGCCCCACUGAAAACCCUGCUGCAGCUCACAAUCAUGCCCAUCAUUAAUGAGAGGACAAAGAAGGGGGUCCAGAUCCCGCUGCCGGAAGGCAUGGAUUUCACCAAGGAGGUGGUUACAAACCAUGCGGGAUUCCUCACAGUGGGAGCUGAUCUCCACUUCUCGAAGGGACUGCGGGAAGUGAUUGAGAAGUACCGCCCAGCCCCUACAGCCCCAGCCCAUCCCACUCCACCACCUGAAGAGCCCAGUGUGGACCCUCACCAGCUCUAGCUCUUCUCUCUCCUUGUUCUUCCACCCUGGACAGAGGGCAGAACCUGGGCUGGACCCACUGACUGUAGGUAGGAAACAGCUUCCCCAGUAUCGCUAGCACGUCUUGCAGGGUGUCUGUGCCCUGGCAGGUAGCGGCAAGGUGGAGACAGCUGCUCUGGGAACCCCUGCUGCACCCCAUGUCAUUACACUAAUAAACCAGUCGCCUCCAAUCCA